UAAUGAUUGUAUAUAAGUUCACUUCGAUGUAAAUCAUUCAUCCGUAAUUCGUGUAUUGAUAACCUAUGACUAGUAAUUAUCGGAGAAUGUCGAUAUAUAUAGGUUUUGUGGUAGUUUUAAUAUUCUUUUGUUUAGUAUUGAAUACAAAUUGUUCUAUUUUCAAAGAAUUUACUGCUCAUAAACGCGAUUCCCCGCUCGAUGAUGGAAACAAGAUUAUAUACUGUCCUGCAGGACCUCCGGGACCACCAGGACCAACGGGGUUACCCGGGAUACCUGGACGUGAUGGACGGGAUGGUAAGACUAUUAUUGAACUGGAUAAACAUGGUGGAUUAUGUGCCCAACCGUUACCAACAACAUGUCCUGAAGUUACAUCGCCAAAUUCUCAGCCACCACCAUUUCAACCAUCGAUGACAAGCCCAAAACCAACAGUUAUUCCUCUUGGAACACAGCAAAACCCCGGAUGGUCUUGUCAGGAGAUAUAUAAUCUACACCCAGAAGCCAUCAGUGGUCCUUAUUGGCUCAAGACUUAUCAUGAGCCUUAUCAGACCCAUUGUGAAAUGAUCAACGAAGAAGGUCCGAAUCGCGGAGGAUGGACAUUAGUUGCAAGGGUUGAUGGGAACACAAAUGAUUUUGCAGGGAUAAGUCCAACGUGGACAAACUCUGAUUUGAUCAACGAAGACGAUGCGACGGAUCACAAGACUGGAUCAAUGAAGAACCACGGUUGGGGCCAUAUUGUUAACAAUCAGUUGAUGGCGUGUUUCAGUGGACCACAUCAAAAUUGUGCUACAUUUACUCACAAUAAAGAGAUGACAUUAGCAGAUCUAUUCAAGACACAGUUUGCUGUUGAAACAUCCGAACAUUAUACAUUCAAAACAUUGAUGGGACGAUUUGGUAAAUCACUGGAUAUAUCGCAGUUGAAAACGGAAUGGUGUGGUUUGAAUUUGGGUGAUUUAUGUAGUCUGGCGCACCCACCAAGCAGGUAUCAUGGCACCCAUGUAUGUCGCAUUGGUUGUAUAGGAGACUCGAGUAACGACAGUUGUCAUCCCCAGGAUUACGCUUUGGGUAUUGGUGUGGCCGUUUGUCAACGUGGAAGCCAUCAAAAAACAAAAAGAUGUUCACUGAAAAAUAACUCAGCUAAAAGCCUAUAUUAUAGAACAUUAAUGAACCAACAACAUGGUAGUUAUGGUCAGACUGCUUUUAUUUAUAUAAAAUAAAUAGAUUGUUACUGGAUUAAAGUAUUUCAUCUAUCGAAGUUAUAAAAGUUGAAUACGAGUUUUUGGCAAAUGACUUUUUAAAAAAUAAUAAAAUUGGGGUCAGAGAAUUGAACCAUCGAGUAA